CUGUUCACGCGCCUCCAUCCCCUUACUGAUAGGUUUGUCAGAGACAGUGAGCGAGGGGGGGGGAGAGGGAGAGAGAGAGAGAGAGGGAGAGAGAGAUCUGGGUUUAUAUUAACGCCUUGUGCACGAAGUGAGGAGCUGCUCUCUCUCUGUCUCUCAGCAGCAUCACACACACACAGGAUUCUGAAUGGAUCACCCAGGAAUCCUCCUCUCUCGGGAUCUUUUGCGCAUCAGCCUCGUCCCAUCGGUUCCUUGAGGAAACUGCUUCACAUGACCAUCUCUCCGACGCUGUGGACGCUGGAUCAUGCGGAGCGCACUGAUCUGAGAGCAGCUUGGACUUCACUCACAUCGCUGCUGCCGCUGCUGUUUGGAGGACGACGCGCGGCUCACCGCCACCUUCACCAUCUGGGGAGGUUUCCUGCAACAAUUUGUUGCAAACAUUGCGAAGGGCGAAGUCAUGGUGCCGGCACCGCCUCGGCUCCUCAUGGCACCGUGAGAACUUUCUUCCCGGCCCCGCUUCUCUCCAUCUUUUCUUUUUAGAUGUUUGUCAGUGGGAUCGUGCUCCUUUGGGGAAUCCCAUCGUUUCCCUUUUCAAUAAUGUUCACUUUUGCUGCCUUCUGCUACAUGCUGUCUCUGGUCCUCUGCGUGUCCCUGAUCUUCUUUGCAAUAUGGCACAUAACGGCUUUUGAUGAGCUCCAGACUGACUUCAAAGUGCCGAUUGAUCAGGGCAAUCCACUCCAUGCGAGGGAGAGACUGCGGAAUAUUGAGAGGAUCUGCAACCUGCUGAGGAAGUUGGUGCUACCGGAGUAUUCCAUCCAUGGGCUCUUCUGUAUCAUGUUCCUGUGUGCCCAGGAGUGGCUGACUGUGGGCCUCAACAUCCCCCUGCUCUUCUACAACACUUGGAGGUACUUUCAUUCCCCAACGGACACUAAGGAGCUGCUCUACGACCCGGCGUCCGUGAUGAACGGCGACACACUCAAGUUCUGCCUGAAGGAGGCGUGGUGCAAGCUGUCCUUCUUCGUCCUCUCCUUCUUCUACUAUCUCUACUGUAUGGUCUACUCCUUGGUUACCUCAUAACAACUGAUUUAUACUACAGAGAAAUAGAAAAGGCCUCUGGAUUCACAGACUGCCCUUUGGGUCAGUUCUAGAAUUGAAAUGACAGGAAAUUUAACAGAAAAGACAAUGAGAGAAACAUGUUUUGUGUUGUGAGGCCAAACGAUGAACACGUCGGGGCUGAAGCUCAUUCUAUGCUCUGGCCCUCGCCCCCAAAGAGGAAAGGACUUGCUUUAUGCUCGACUGUACAUAAAAACUGAAGACUAAAUCUGCUGUUUACAGUCUGAUUGGUCAUAGCGAGACCCAAGUUAAUCACUGCCUGGCCAAUGUUUGUAUCACACACACACACACACAAUCACACAAACACACAUCCUCUGAGUGGUACCAUACUCACUGUACAGUAGCAGU